CAUUGCCAUCUCUCUCUGUCUCUGGCUGCCAUCAUCUCUUUUCCCCCGUCACGGCCCAAUCUGUAACGUCUCCUUCCCAACGUAGAAGAAUUGAAGUAAAUUCCCAGCGGAGAGAGAGAGAGAGAGGGAGGGAGAGAGCGAGCAAGAGAGAAUGGGAUCAGAAACGUUUAUAGAAGUGGUGCUGGCAAUACUUCUACCACCCGUUGGAGUUUUCCUUCGUUAUGGCUGUGGAAUUGAAUUCUGGAUCGACUUGCUGCUCACACUAUUGGGUUAUAUUCCUGGAAUCAUAUAUGCAAUCUACGUGUUAGUCGGAUGACAGAUCACAGAUGGGCGCAGGUCCUCUCAGAAUUUACAGAAAUAACAUAGGUUGUUCUUUAUUUUUAUUUUUUCUUUGAACAUUUAGUUGAAUCACAGUAGUUGUUCAUCUGAUCAGGAUCUACUUCUUGCCACUUAUAAUGAUUUGUUGCUCCUUUUCAUAUUGAAUCGUUUAGGCUUUUGCUUUUA